CCUACCCAUUACUUACCGCGACAGGUGUAUUUGACGAUCGUGCCACGAAAACUAAUCGAAAGUUUAUUAAUUUAUUUCUCUUAAUUACUACUCUGCAAAACUCUUACGGUUCUCUUCUGAUUAUCUAUGUCGAUUACAACAUUGUAAUUGUAGAUAAAUAUUACUAAUACUCUAGAGAUAGCGAUUUUUCUUCAAUUCGCGCUUUGCCUUGGGAAGGUCGCGAUGAAAAUGCCGCUGAGGAAUUUAAAAAAUUAAAUCAGUCGCGGUUCGCAGCAGAUUGCAAAAAAAAAUUAACUGACCUCUAGUAGUAAAUUUAAAUAACAGUAGCUACACUUUAUGGUUAAAUAGGCAUACAAUAAGCGCAAAUUGUCCCUGGUCAGACCGCGAUAACGCGCUGGGAGAGUAGUUGUGAUUUUUUUUCCUUCGUGUGGUGCUGUUAAGGAUCGACAAAAUGAAAUUUCGGUCAAACAAAGUACUUCGCAAGUUAGGAGCUGCCGUAUUGAUUUUAGCCAUAAUCCUAUUGAUUAUUGGUCUGGUGAUAUAUUUUACUCAAACUCAACCAACUAUAAAAGGGUCAGUUGUGACGAAUGGCUAUGGUUGUUCCGAUAUCGGAAUGUCGAUUUUCGCUAAAGGGGGUAACGCGGCGGAAGCCGCCAUCGCAACCCUCUUCUGCGAGGGCGUGUCUAUGCCCCAAAGCAUGGGGUUGGGGGGUGGAUUCCUGCUGACGAUCUAUACGAAGAGGACGGGCGAGGUGUGGUCGUUGGACGCCAGGGAGGUGGCACCCGGCGCCGCCACCGAAGAUAUGUUCAAAGGGAACUCUUCGCUUUCACAGAGAGGAGGGACGUCUGUUGGCGUGCCGGGAGAACUUCUGGGGUACUGGUACUUGUACGAAAAGUUUGGCGGUAACGUACCUUGGAAGGAUCUGGUUCAACCCACGAUAGAUCUAUGCAAGAACGGGGUGUACGUCACGAAGUUCUUGGCAGGUAUCUACAAGAGCAGGAAAACCCUGCUAUACGCCGAUCCCGUUUUAAGGGAUAUUUAUAUCGAUCCAGAGACUAACGACACCUAUGUCGAGGGACAAUACGUAAAAAGACUGAGACUAGCGAAGACUUUGGAAACCAUUGCUUCAGAAGGAGGAUACGCGUUACACAACGGCACUAUGACGGAAGGUUUUGUUAAAGACAUCCAGGACCACGAUGGUAUCAUCACCGUUGAGGACAUGAACAGUUACAGACCAGACUGGCAAGAACCCAUCCAAGCGUCGCUGUUGAACAACCAGACUCUGUAUACGGCCCCGCUACCGGGGUCUGGAAUAAUUUUAACGUUCAUUCUGAACAUUUUAAGUAACUUCAUCGACGUCACCGAAUCGAUGUCUGUCACCACACACCAGAGGAUCGUGGAGAGCUUCAAGUUUGGAUACGGAAAAAGGACUCUGCUGGGGGAUGCGAGGUUUCUGGAUAUCGACGAUGUGGUGGCCGAACUGACGUCAAAGGAGCACGCCGAACAGAUAAGGGAAUCUAUCUUCGACUUCCAGACUUUCCAAGAUCCUGCUUACUAUGGAGCGAAUACCACGAACGUUGAGGAUCAUGGCACCGCCCAUAUAUCGAUUUUGGCACCAAAUGGCGAUGCAGUUUCCGUCACGAGUACCAUAAACUUUCUUUUCGGCGCCGGCUUUGCGUCAGACAGCACAGGCAUAAUCCUGAACGACGAAAUGGACGACUUCGCCUCUCCCAAUAUUACCAGCGGUUUCAACAUACCACCCUCUCCAGCCAAUUACAUCGCCCCGGGAAAACGCCCGCUGUCCUCCAUGUGCCCUUCGAUCAUAGUGGACCAAUAUGGGGACGUCCAGCUGGUCACCGGAGCUGCGGGCGGAACAAAAAUCACCACCACGAUCGCCUUGAUAAUCAUAAAGCACCUGUGGUAUGGAACGGACUUAAAGACUGCCGUUGAUGAAAAGAGGUUCCAUCAUCAACUGUUUCCGAUGUCGAUCUCAUUCGAGGGCCUCUACAAAACUGAGGGCAUCGAUAUAGUGGAAGGACUAAGUGUGAUAGGGCAUAGGUACAACAUCACCGAUGAUGACGGAUUCGCAGCCGUAACCUCGAUAUCUAGGAAGAAUGGAAAUGCGAAUCAAGUUACAGGAGCCUACGACAGGCGAAGAACUGGAUCUAUUUCGUAUUUAUAUUGAUAAAAAAAAAUCCGUCCUUAAUUUAUUUCGAUUGCUGUUAACGAUUGUACCUAUGUAUUUAAUAAAUUAUUUUACUACUUA